GACCCUGACUGUCAGGUCCCAGGGAAUGGGUGGUGGAGGAGGAGGAGAAGGAAGGCCUGAAAACAGGAGACAGACCCUGAGUAAUCCACUGUGAAGGUGAAGAGGCCUCCACAGUCUAUUCCCUCUAAUUGACGGGGUUUAUCAGCACCCCUGGAUUUCAACGAUGACUCCCUGGUGGAGGGCAACUCAACUGGCAGCAAAGGGGCGAAGCCUAGCAACAGCAGCUGCCUCAGGGCACGGCGAUGGGUCAAGUAGUCGGACCUGGAAGAUUCUGACCUUUGUGGUGGCGCUACCCGGAGUGGCUGUGUGCAUGCUGAAUGCCUGGCUGAAAAAGGAGAACCAUCCACAGGAACAGCUCGAAUUUAUCCCCUAUCAUCACCUGCGUUUCCGAACAAAGCCAUUCCCCUGGGGAGAUGGAAAUCACACUCUUUUCCAUAACCCUCAUACUAACCCACUGCCUACAGGCUAUGAAGAGAAAGGUGGCCACCACUGACAUUCUCUUGCUCUACCACUGACUGGGAAAGGGGUACAAGUCCCCGUACAUCUGCAACACCACUGAGACAGAUCUUCGUUUACCAGAGACAAUAAAAGCACAGUUUGACUGA